AUGCCUCGCGCCUUCGCAUCCUCUUCACCGCUACGCCACGCCCUCCCCCCUCCGAGACACCGCCGCACCCUCUCCUCCACUCUCAUCGAUGAGACCGUCGCCGCCGCCGCCGCGCUCGUCCAGAAGUGGCACCCUGACACGCCCGACGCCUGCUCCCUCUUCCUCCACGCCGCCGAUCAUGCGGAGCCCAACCAUUUCCUGCGCGCGGUCGCGGACCUUCACCGCGCCAUGCUCUUCUUCGCCUCCCACGCCUCCUACAGUGGUCACGGCCUCGUCCAAGCGCAGGCGCUUCUCCAGACCGCUAUGCGCAGGCUCGACCUCGAGCUCCAGCUCCUCCUUGACGACCACGACAUCAUCCAAGGCGACGCUACUAGCAGUAUCCGCCAACAUAUCUGCGCGGUUGCUGAAGCCAUGAUGGCCGCCGGAUACGGCAAGGAGUGUCUUUCCACCUUCAAGUCGCGCCGCCGUGCAGCGCUCGCCGCUACACUGCAGCGCCUUCUCGGCAGCUUCACACCACCUCCUGGUAAUUCCCACUUCUACAAGCUCACCUGGGACCAGGUCGACGCCAAGAUCAUACAGCCCUGGCUCGCCGCGGCAACCGUCGCCUUUAACUCCCUCUUCGACGCAGAGAAAGAGCUCUGCGACACUGUCUUUGCUGGCGACGCGGCUGUCGGUGAAGUGGUGUUCGGGGGCAUCGCCAAUGACCAGGCCACUAACCUCCUCGCCGUUGCUGAGGCCGCGGUUGCACGGGCACGCCGCGCUCCCGAGCGCCUGUUCCGGGUGCUCGACGUCCACGACACGCUUACCAAGGUGCUGCCGGCUAUCUUGUCCGUGUUUGGGGACAACUCCGAGGUCGCCACCCGCGCCGCCGUUGUCAUCACCAAAGCCGGCCAGGCGGCGCGUGGCACUCUGGCCAGCUUCGAGACGGCCAUCCAGAAGGAGCCGUCCAAGGCCACCGCGCCCGGCCCCGGCGGCGCAGUGCAUCCGCUGACCCGAUACGUGAUGAACUACCUCGUCUUCCUCGCGGACUACGAGGAGGCCCUUGCUCUUAUCUACCAACAAGAAGGCGCAUAUACCUCGCCGGAUUCGUCAACGUCAUCGUCGUCGACCAUGUCGUCAUGGUCGAGUCCGAUCAGUCGGCUGGUGUUGGUUCUGGUGUGCAAGCUGGACUCUAAGGCCGGGAGCUACCGGGAGGCAGCGCUGAGCUACCUCUUCCUGUCAAACAACACGCACUACGUGGCCGGCAAAGUGCGCGGCAGCAGCAAGCUACAGGGGAUCCUCGGGGAGAAGUGGGCGGAGGCGCAGAGCGCAAAGGCGCGCGGGCACGUGGAGGUGUACGUUCGCGCGGCAUGGGGAAAGGUGCUCACCGCGAUCUCCUGCACGCCCUCACCCUCACGAGGAGGAGGAGGAGGAGGAGGAGCUGAGGGCGUGGAGGAGGCGGUGAUGGAAGCGGUGGCCAUGCAGGAUCAGUGGGUGGCGGCGGACGACGAGAUGGGCAAGGCGUUGAGGGCGGCGGCGACGGCGGCAGUGAUCCCCAAGUACAGGAUGUUCUACCGACGUUACGGCGCAGCGGUGAGGCUAACGCCGGGGGACGUCACCACCAUGAUCGCCGCCCUCUUUGGCGAUACAGCUAGGCAGCUGUUCACGUAA